GUAAACUCUCAGCUUCCUACAUACUCAAACCAAUCUCAUCAUGGCACACGUGGCCGUAAUCCAAGGCUCAUCAAGGGGGAUCGGACUAUCUCUAGCCAGACAUCUCUUGAAGCAUACCAAUCUAGUCGUCGUAGCCACUUCACGAACCCCACAGGAAGGUCGAGCACAGAUCUUAGAUAAACUAGAGAACUCGACCAAGCUCAGCAAAAGACUGCAUAAUCUCGAGUUGGAUGUCCAGGACGAACAGUCCAUCUCUCAGGCUGCCGGUUAUGUCAAGGAAAACUUCGGACAAAACCUUAGACUGCUCAUCAAUGUAUCUGGUGUCCUACUACCCGAAAAGUCCAUCCUCAAAAUCCAAAAGGGAGAGAUGCAAAAGACCUUCGAAGUGAAUACGUUUGGCCAUCUAUUGACUUACAAGCAUUUCGUACCCCUCUUACCGCUGAAGGCGGACGCAAAACCGAGUGAUGUGGAGGAUCCGGCGAUGGGAUUAGUCAAGCCUGAGGUCAACGUACUCGCAAGUCUGAGUGCGAGGGUAGGGAGUAUUGGAGACAAUUCACUAGGAGGAUGGUACUCCUAUCGAUCCUCCAAGACCGCCCUGAAUCAGAUCAUGGUCACCCUGCAGAGGGAGCUGGCCGCCCGAAGCUCGAUCUCGCCUACCGUCACCGUCGCCUUGCAUCCAGGCACCGUCGCCGGCACCGAGCUCUCACAGAAGUUCGUCCCCAAGGAUCUCUCCGGCUCCAAGCAGGGCAUCCACGAUCCCGACACUGCCGCCAGCUCUCUCCUCAACGUUAUCUCGAAAUUGGGACUCGGCGACGGCGGACAAUUCUUCGACUAUAAAGGCGAGAAUGUCGUGUGGUGAACAUGAAUGCUACCCCAUGAUAGCUCGUACACACAUCCAACGCAUAGAUACUUAAGAAAAUUGCCACAAAUAAUUCGAACUGCUGUACAUUAGAAAGCUUGGACUGAUUCCACUCUUUCUCAAAUUUCGAGCUCACACUUUUGUUGACUCAAUGUUUGCCUUGUAACUCGCUAGCUAGCCAACGCUGAGCGAAAAUAAUGAAUACUCAUGUUACUUCCUAAUAAUAAGCAAUCUGUUCUCCGCAACA